UGUAACUAACUCUGUAAGUCUGUAAGACGAGUACUAGAUCUAGGUGGUAAGACUGUUAGUCUGUUACAGUGUUAGUGUAGUAACGGGUAACGUGAGUGCUAUGUCUAGACUCUAGAACAGAAGGCCUGCCUCCUAAGAGCAAGACCCUAAGACCUAAGAAGUAGCAACUAACUUAGCCUAAAUAUUAAAUAGUUACCUGCUGAUUAUGUGAAAAUGGGGAGGCGCUACUACUGCGAUUACUGUGAUAAAUCAUUUGCUGAUAAUCCAACGAGUCGUAAGGUCCACCUGACUGGCAACGCUCACCUUCAGAACAGGAAAGCACAUUAUGAUGCCUUUAGGGAUGAAGAAGAAAUACUGCAGGAUGAUAAAACUAAAAAACCAUGUCGGGCAUUUCUAUCUACUGGUGACUGUAAGUUUGGAGACCGCUGUCAGUUUUCUCAUCUGAGCCAUGAGGACAGGAACAGGCUGGCUGAGAUUGUACGCAUGAAGCAGCUUGGAGCAGCAACAGGGAAGACAAACACUGAAGACAAUGUUAAAAACUUACUCAUGGAGUGGGUAGACAAAAGGAGCAAAAAACUGAAAUUAGACAAUGUCGACAACAGCACAGGUAACAGUGCUGACACUAGUAAAACUCUGAGACCAACUGACUGUUUAGUGGCUGUACCAGAAUACACACUGGCUAGUUGUUUGGUGGCCUUCCCCAGUCUACCCCCUUCUCUCUUGCCUCCGUCCAAGGAAGAAAUUUUAAAGUGUGAUUAUGUGUCAUGGGGAUGACUGGAGUGAUUUACAUAUAUAUGUGACUAUGUGUAAGUUUAUGUAAGACUUGAAUGAGAGGGAUUGUCUUAACACAAUAUUUUAAUGACAUCUAAGGGAUGUGGCUGAUGUAAGAUGUGUGAGUAUCAGGAAAUUUGGCUGAUGUUUAAAUUUCUCAGGUGUGAAUAUGUAACAUAAUGUUAAGAGCAACAUUUGACUUUGUUUUAAAAAACAAUAUAGCAGCACACAAGAACAAUGCUCAAAUAUGGAUGUUGAUAACAAUAUUACUGGUUUUUUUUUAAUCAGACUAUUAGAAUUACAAAAUUUGAAACCCUUCAUUUAUUUCUGUUAUUAUAGUAUAUUAUUAUUAGUAUGUAUCGUUUGAUGUGGUGCGUGCCAUUUACUUUAAAAUAUAUGCACAUGUAUAAUAGAUUGUACAUGUGUUUUUCUCUUUAAAAGUUGUGAAGUUGUGUACAUAAAAGCAUUAAAAUAUUUUUAAAACUUGAUACAUUUUACAAUUAGUAAAACUUAAUACGUAAAAUUUUUCCCUUGUACUUCUUAUAUUCAAGAGGUUUUAUAUCAACCAUUCCACACAACCAAGAAUAAAAAACACUGA